AUGCUAACAACCUUCUGCCUACAGCUAUUUGGACUCGAUUCCCCAGAUCUAGCCUAUGCUGACGAACUGACGCGUGAUCUAUUCGUAGUAUUCCCUCCAUUCUCACUUGGACGUGGCAUCCUCGAUACAGUGCUGAACGACUACUACAACAACUUCUAUGCUUUGGCUGGACAAAGUGACAAAAUCAGAAGCGCCCUAGCUAGCGGGAAACUUGACCGGUACCUGAUCGGAAUGUUGGUGACUGCUAUUGUCUCAUCCUUACUUACAAUGCUGCUAUCUCAUAUUCACAACACGUACGUUUCAUUUGGCCUGCUAAUUUUUCAAAUUCUCACCACGCUGAACAAGAAUAUGUCCAAAUAG